UUUUAUAGUAAAUAUUGUAAGUUUGGGUGUGAUUUUUAAAAAAUCAAAAGUUCCAGGGUUAUUUCAUAAAUACCGAAAGAUCCGAGGCGGUUUCAUCAUAUACUGGGCGAUCCGUGGUGGUUUCGAAUAUACCGAAAGAUCCGGGAGCAUUUUGAAUCUGCUGAAAGAUCUGGGGCGAUUUCGUAGAUACCAAAAUAUCUGUGGUGAUUUCGUCUCACAGUUUCAAUCGUCGAUAAUCAUUAGGGUAAAGCAAAAAUAGUGAAGCAGAGCCGCAAAAACACUUUUCCCAAAAUCAACGAAGAUAGAUUCAGAUCGGAAGCGAAAGAACGAUUCGGUCUCCUCCACAGAUCGAACAUCGAAGGAGAAGAAAGACCAUCAUCACAACAAGCAUCGAAAGAAGAGCAAGAUGGCGUCGAGAGACCAAGUUAAGGCAUCGCACAUUUUGAUUAAGCAUCAAGGUUCUCGGAGGAAAGCGUCGUGGAAGGAUCCAGAAGGGAAGAUUAUUCUGACUACCACUAGAGAAGCCGCCGUUGAGCAGCUUAAAUCGAUCCGUGAAGAUAUUGUCUCCGGCAAGGCGAAUUUCGAAGAAGUGGCGACUCGUGUUUCUGACUGUAGCUCUGCUAAACGCGGCGGUGAUCUUGGUUCCUUUGGUAGAGGUCAAAUGCAGAAACCAUUUGAGGAAGCAACUUACGCGCUCAAGGUUGGAGAUAUAAGCGACAUUGUCGAUACAGACAGUGGAGUCCACAUCAUUAAGAGAACAGCUUGACCUUAUCUGAUCUGAUAGAAAAUGUAUUGAAGGUGCCUGCUUCGUUUCCCUUCUCUUCUUGACCAGAAGAACAUAGAAGAAGAAGAAUAAGAAGAAUUUAAUUCAAGGUUAUUGUUAUUGUGGUUUUGAUUCUGAAUCUGUCUACGAAUUUGAUACAACUCAAACAUAUGAUAAAAUCAGACAAGCUAUCUCAUUUCUUCUUAAAGGCUUCAUAAGCACUCCCUGUCGUAGACAGUGACUUGUAUAAUCACAUUUCAGUAUCUUUGUCAUGGUCUUACUGCAACAUUCUGGCAUCUUGUGUGUUGUCAUUUUGCUCUUAAACUCUUGAUAGUCUUUGGCUCUCGUCUCCACUCUUAAUAUUUGAGAAAUCGUUUACUGUUAGGCGUAAUUCAAUGUUUAAACCAG